CCCAACGAAAAUUGUUAUGACAAAGAUAAGAAAAUCCAAACAAAUCGGUGGAUUAUAUAUUCGAAAGCCCUCCCCUCCCAAUUCGAGGACUGCACAGUCAUAAAAUGUGAUUCUCAGUGCCGCCGCAGCACCAGCACACCGCAUUUUAAGUGGUGGUGUAACAAAAGUGAGGCUCGGAAGCAGACCCAAAAACACAAUAAAAAAUGAUGGGCGAUAGCGAGAGUGAGCAGAUAUGGCAAGAAAUCGGCAUUGAUCUGCAACAUGUGUGUGAGUCAGGCGAUGGGAGCAGCGAGGGGCGCUAUCAGGUCAUAUGCGACAAGUCGUGGCUGCAGGCGCUGGAGAAGCACCGAAAGUUGACGAGCUUCAGCAGCUGGCCGAAAUUGGAUCGACGAGCGCAUCCCACAGGACAGCUGGAGCACCCCUGGACCCGCAUCCUUGUGCAGACAUACCGCAAGCAGCCCCCACGUAGGGUAUACCCCCUGCCGAGAUCCUCAGGCGGCGGCGGGGAUGGACAUGCUCUAGACGCUCUGCCGAUGUCGUAUUCCCAGGCGGUGGCAUUUGUAGCCAACAGCAACUUUAAGCAGCUGUGGGAGGAGGCAUACAAGAAGUAUAAUGGGGCCCAUGUCAAACUCUGCAGAUCUGCAGCCACUUUGUCGUCGUCCAAGCCAAUCACUGGACAGGGACAGCUGCAGCCGCAUGAUAUGGUGCUCAAGGAGCUUAUUCAGCGUGUCUACCACUGCCCUGUGCUGCACUGUCAGGCGGAUCGAGGAGAGGCAGUCUCUCCGACUGCCGCUGGAACGGAUUUUACAACCAAUUGUCACCCCAAUAUUCUGCCCGCCCUGGUAGCCAUCGAGUCCUCCACGCACUUCAGUGUGUUCUUCUACCCACCAGCACUGGAGUGCAGCCUCUAUGACUGCAUCACCUACAGCCCGGCGCUACUGGGCAAGGGCUACAACAAAACGCUGUUCAUCAUCUACCAAAUCCUUCAGCUCUCCAAGCAGCUCCAGAGCCAGGGCUUCUUCCUGGGCGAUCUUCGGCUGCAACACAUUGUGUUGCGGGAGAAUCUUUGGCUGCAGGUCCUGCCACGGCUGCAGUGCAAUCUCCUAGAGGAGGACACAGCCGGUGCGGGCGCCGACAUGUCGCCCCUCACACCGCUGACCACGCCCGAGCUGGGCGAUCUGGCCGAUCCGCCCCUGCACCUGCACUUACCCACGAGCAGUACCGUGUUCGACCUGAAGCUCGCCUACGAUCCUGCCCACUUCAAUCUGCGGGAGUACGCGGAGAUGUGGUGCAGUGGCCAGCUGUCUAACUUUGAUUACCUCACCAUCCUGAACAAUGCCUGUGGACGUAGCCUCACGAAUGCCGCCCAUCACCAUAUAAUGCCCUGGGUCACAGACUUUGCCGGCCGCAAUGGAGCCAACUGGCGGGAUCUGUCCAGAAGCAAGUACCGGCUGAACAAGGGCGAUGUUCACCUUGAUCUCAUGUAUGCCCAUGCUAGCCAGCAUGGAGCUGUCGAUGGCUUGGGUGGGGAACAAGUACCCCAUCAUGUCUCGGAUUUUCUCUCCGAAAUUACGUACUUUGUGUACAUGGCCAGACGGACGCCACAAUCCAUACUCUGCGCCCAUGUGCGACCCAUUUGGGUGCCGGCAGAGUACCCGGUGUCCAUACAGCGACUGCAGGAGUGGACCCCCGAUGAAUGCAUACCGGAAUUCUACUCGGAUCCAAUGAUCUUCAAGAGCAUACACGAGGAUCUGCCGGACUUGGAGCUGCCUGCAUGGGCCACCUGUCCGGAGGACUUUAUCUGCAAGCAUCGCGAGGCCCUGGAGUCGCAGUAUGUGUGCGAGCGACUGCAUCAUUGGAUUGACUUGAACUUUGGCUACAAGUUGAGUGGAAAGGCGGCUGUCAAGUCGAAGAAUGUCUGCCUUACUUUGGUGGACCAGCAUCGGAAUCUCAGCCAGCGCGGCAUUGUGCAGCUGUUCACCCAGGCCCAUCCGCCACGACGGUACGCCACGCCGUGGUUCAACAAGACCGCCCCGCGGAUGAGUCAACUGUAUGGCAGCCCCUCCAAGCGUCUGGCCAGGAGCACAGAGAACUUGAAUGCGGAUUUCAGUUCCUCCUCCAACACUUCACUGCGCCCCAACAACGAUUCGUCGAGCGGAGCUUCCGUCCACAGCAGUUCGGCCUCCGCCUCCAACUUUUAUGCCAUCACCAACUUUAUAGACCUGCCCGAUAACUACAAUCCCACCGUGCUGCUGCAGAAUCUGGAGACGCUGGAGGCCUUCUAUGCCCGCACAUUCCCACAGCAGAGGGCCUCUGCGAAUCCUGAGGAAAAAAUGAUCAACAGCGAUCUCAUGUUCGAGCAGAACUCGGCGGAUCAUUCGUUCACGAAUCAACUGUUUGCCGGCGCCGAGAUCCACACCAAGUCCAAGAAUCUCUUGCGGGAGAAGAAGAGCUCGCUGCUGCAUCUGUUAGGUGUGCGCAGGGAACGCGAGCUGCAAGUCCUGGGCUGUCUAAUUGUGGAGCUGUUUGCGAUGCAACGUCUGCGGCCGCUCCUUAUGGGCAGCGGAUUGACGGCGGCCUUUGAGGCUCGUCUGGCCGCCUGCCGCACCGUGGCCCAACUGCAUCGCCAGGACCUGCCGAAACCAGUACGCCAUGUGGUCCGACUGCUGCUGCAACUGGAAACGGAUGAGGAAAAGGAUCAAGGCCUGCCGCAGCCCCCCAGCCCGGCGCAGUUGGUGGAACCGAUGUUCGCCAACCUGUUGCUGCCCUUCCCCAGCCACUACAUAGCCGUCUAUGCCCUGGUGAGAUCUCUGCACGCCUUCGAGCUAAAUGCCAUCCUACUGGAGCUGCACACACACUUCAGUUGCCAGGGUGGUAGGGAGUGUGCGCGCUACACGGAGAUGGAUCGCCAGCGAGUGCUGUUCGACCGGAAGAUAGCCGAAUGCAAGGUCAUGUCAUGCUGUGCCCAUGUCCGGAGGCUCCUAGAACCCGUGGCCUUUGCCUACGAGCAGUACACGCCCGUGGAGUUGCUUCUACCCCACAUUAUUGAUCUGCUUAGGGAUGAGCGCACCUCUAUUCUGACCGCGUGGAAUCUCUUUGAUUCGAUUGCCCAGGCUCUGGGUGUGGCGCAGACCCAGCAGCAUCUACUGCAGCCCCUGCUCAAGCUGUACGAUGUGGAUGGAACGAGUGUCACCGAUGAUGGCACUUCCAUUGGAGGGGCAGCCGGACACCUGCGCUUCUCCUCCAGCAGCUCCUUCAAGUCGCGCAAGUCGGUGAAGCUCUACCACCACAGCUUCCUUCUCCGCUUGAUUGUGCGUUUCGGCCUGCGCUGCUUCCUGCAGCACUUUAUCGCUCCCCUAAUCGAGGCGGUGGGCGGCUACAAGGAACCGGAGCAGGGCAACGGAUAUCACUACCACAGCGGCGGCAGUCGACGAACCAGCAAGAAUCUUAACUUUGCCGCCGAGGAGGAUGAGCGCCAGCCACAGCCACCGCCAGCAGCGGAGGCGGAAGCCUCCAAGCCAGACAUCGAAGAGCUCUUUACGUUCGAGGAGGAUCAGGAUAGAAUAUCCAGUCAGGAAAGCAAAUCCAUCGAUUCGUUUGACAUGCGCCCGGCCACCGCCACCAGUGCGGAGGAGGCGCGCGAGUCGGAUGGUGGCGGAUCACCCGACAAACUGGUCAUUAACGAGCUCAUCUACGGAGCCAAACUCUCGCCGGACAAACUCUCCCUACAAGAGGGUCAAACACCACCAAUUCUGGCCCCCCCACCCGUCCUGGGACCGCGUUCUCCCACCAUUGAAAUACCCAAUCCCACGAUCGGCAUUCGACGCAGCUUCCAGCUGAGCGCCAUCGACUGCGACAUUGGCUCGCGAAAGAGCGUGGACAGCUUCGAGAUGAUCACUCAGGCGGUUCAGCAGGAGGCAACACAGCCAGCAGCGGCUAGCGGAGGGGAGGCGGAGGGAUCAGACUCCUUACAGGCUUCGGUUAUAUCGAGGAUGUCCGAGGCCAAGGCCCUGCAGAACAAUCGCAUUAGCGAGAUGAGUGCCGAGAGUCUAGUGUGGCUGUCGCAUCGACUGGGUCCGGUGCUCACAUCUCGGCACAUAACCAGGAACCUAUUGAAACUGCUCUCCCUAUGCUAUGUGGGGCAGGAGAACCUCCUGCCGGAGUUGGAUGAUGAUGGCGUUAGUUCUUCCCCUGAAGCGGCAAACCUGAACUUUUUUAGCAUUGCCAAUGCACGCGUUGUGGGGGAUAGGAGUGCGGCCCGUGUACUGGAGUGCCUGAUGUCCAUAGCUGCUCUCUAUGGGGAAAACUUUCUCCUUCUGCAGUAUUUCCCGCACAUCAGUGAGCUGAUUGGCCUGUGCUCCAAGCGAAUCACUGGCAGCCUGGAGGGGGCCAUCAUUAGUUCGCUCCAGCUGCUCAAGUUCAUGGUGCCCUGUCUGACGGAUUCGAGUAUAAUGGAGCAUCUGCAGCACAUACUGCUGGACGCCAUCCUACUGCCCAUUCUGCGGCUGCUUAGCUCCACCAAUCUCCUGAUGCCGAGCGGCUAUCUGGGUCGUUCGCUGCUGGCACGAAAGUUCCUGGAUGCCAUCUACGCAUUGAGUGUGCGCCUGGGAUCGGAUAUGACGCGCGAACAUCUCUGCCAGUCGCUGCUCUGCCCCUUCUUUCUUAUAUUCAACAAGGCCUUUGGUCUGCCCAACGAGUUCGGCUGCGACUUGGCACAUCUGUCCCUGGUGGGCGGUGCUACUCAGCGGGAGCGUGCCCUGGAGGAGUUGAGGGAUGUUUUUGGUCCGGAACUGGCGCACACCGCCUACCUGGCAUUCCUGCGCUUCCUGGGCGAAGCCAUCAUGCAGAGGACGCUCACCAAUCUGGAGUUUGUGCUGACCCUGUGCCACGAGCACGAGCAACCAAGUGGCGGCGGCCAGAACAAAUCUAAUCUGGCUUCCAGUGUGAUACCCGGACAAGAUGAGGACACCGUAGACACUUCCUGCGAGCUGGCUGCCAACAGUUUUGGCACCCAGAUCGUUGGCAAUCGCCUCCAGGUGGUCAGAAGUAGCAUGGAACUCCUCGACAUGGUGGCCUACAAGUUGGAUCAGCUUCCCAGCAGUCGCCAUCUCAAGGGCAACUGGUUGGCCUACUGGCGGCACGAGACCACACGCAGCGAGAAGGACAAUCAGGCCCUGAACCUAAAGCAGAUCCGCCUGCAAUCGUUCGUCGGACACACAAAUUCUGUGCGGGCCAUCUACGCCUUGGACAACGAGAACAGUUUCGUGUCUGCCUCCAAGGAUAAGACGGUGAAGUUGUGGUCGCUGCGCAGCGAGGGAGACGGCAGGAAGACCACGGCCUGCCAGUUUACCUACACGGCCCACAAGAAGUCCAUACACUCGCUGAGCUUCCUGGAGUCGCUGCGCUUCGUGGUGUCCUGUGACUCGGGAGUGCAUCUAUGGGAUCCGUUCAUGGGACGACCUCUUGGAAUCUUGGACGCUCCCCGACACAGUGCCGUGACCGUGGUCAAGUGCCUGCCCUCCCACUCCCCUCUGGUGAUUGCGGGGACAGCCGAGUCCACGGUAAAGGUGAUCGAUGCUAGAUCCAUGGAGUACGUCAACGAGUGGCGCGUCUGUCACCCGGCCCUGCCCAAUGCGACCGUUCGCUGCCUGGCCGUUGCUCCCUCGGGCAAUUGGCUGGCCGCUGGCCUCUCUUCUGGCGGUAUUGUGAUGCUGGACACGAGAACCGGCAUGGUUCUGAACUCCUGGCGACCCAUGGAAUGCGACCUGCUCCAGCUGACGGCGCCAAGUGAUCAGUUUUUGGUCAGCUCCGCCCUGGAUCAUAGCCUGGCCGUGUGGCAUGCUCUGGAUGGGAUCAUGCACUAUCAGCUCAAACCACCACCGGAACCCGCUCACUUUCUGCAGAGUGUGGGUCCUGCCCUGGUGUAUGCCACCACCGGCAAUCGUGUGGGUGUCUAUGCAGAUGUGGCCGACUCGCAUGCCUUCAACACGAUUACAAAACUCCGUUCGGAAACUUUCCGUGGCGUCCUCACCUCCCUGGCUGUGUUGCCAUUGAAUCGGGCCUUUCUCACUGGCAACGAAAGCGGAAACAUUGCCCUGCUCUGCUAGCCUCAGCGGAAGCAAUGCUUGUACAAUAUUAUGACAUUA